GUAGAUAAUUCAUAAUAAAAUUUGACGUUUGUGAUGUGAUUAUUUGGUCUAAGUGCAACUUAAAAAGUGCAAUGUUUACAGUUUUAGAUUUUAGUUUUUGAGUCACAUGUUAUUAGGAAGUUCGAGACAAGUAAAAUUGUGAUUUUGGACUUCACCGUUGUCAUUCAACUUUAUUACGAAGAAAUGAAGAAAAGAUUCCGCUGAUUGGGCAGCAAGCAGUCGGUUUUUUUUAUUUUAACCGACUUUAAAAAGAGGGGUUUUCAAAUCGACGCGUAAUGGGGGUUUGUUGCUGUAAAGAAAAAGCUCCGGACGAGCUGGUGGCGCUGCCGUCAUCAGCUCGUCCACCAGCCGAGGUGGUACAAGAUCCACCAUCGCGGAUAACCAAAGGCGUGGAUCCCAGGCUCAUAGAGAGUCUUAUCAUGGAAAUGCUGAGGGUGGCCGCUACGCGGGUGGACACGGACGAUGAAUCGCCAGAGUCACUAAUGAAGCUGCAUGUUAUAGCCGAGCGCGAUGAUGGCUGGCUGCAGCUGGUGACCUGCAUGGUUAAUGUGAUCCCCGUAGACGAUCCUUUUGGACCGACGGCUAUAUCAAUCCUGCUAGACGAGUGCCCUCUUCCGGCCAGGGAAACAGUGAUUAAUGUGAUAGAGUUCUAUGGCCUAUCUGAGGAACGCGCAUGCCUCGGGAACGGUAACCCACGUGUCGAGCGCAACAUCUGCAUUACUUUGGGAUGUAUUGCUGAAAAGUUAGUUGGACCCAACAGUGUGGCUGUACUAACAGAGGACACGCUGGAUUACCUCGUAACAUACUUGUCCCCACAAUAUGAAUCUUGCAUUGUGUUGUUCGCUUUGAUAGCGCUUCAGAAAUUUUCUCACACAAGUGAAAACAGAUUAAUAAUAAAGUCGCGUUUGGAAAGCAUACAAGAGCAUCCUCUACUGAUCCUGGAAACUUUUGCUAAUAGCAACGACUACGUGUGGCGUCAAGUAGGGUUUUGUGCGCAAUGGGCCC